AAAAGCAGAGUUCCCCGAGGAGGGUCCCUGGCAGCAGCUGGAGCGUGUGAUGCUCUCACUGACGCUCUGACCAGAUCCCCGCUGGAACCACACCAUGGAUGCAGGCAAGCAGCUAAAGGUCACCCUUGUUUUCAGCCUGCCGCUCGUUUUUCAGUUCUGUGCCGGGGACAACGUCACCGAUGACUACGACUCCAACACCACCAUCGACUACAGCAUGUUCGAGACCCUGUGCGAGAAGAAGGAAGUGCGUUCGUUCCGCGCCGCCUUCCUCCCGGCCAUGUACAGCCUCAUCUGCUUCACGGGGCUGCUGGGCAACGGGCUGGUGAUGCUCACCUACAUCUACUUCAAGAGGCUGAAGACCAUGACGGACAUCUACCUGCUGAACCUGGCCCUGGCAGACAUCCUCUUCCUGCUGACCCUGCCCUUCUGGGCCACGAGCGCGGCCACGCACUGGCUUUUCGGGAAGUUCGCCUGCAAGGCCGUUUACUGCAUCUGCAAAAUGAGCUUCUUCAGCGGGAUGCUGCUCCUGCUGUCCAUCAGCAUUGACAGGUACUUCGCCAUCGUCCAGGCGGCCUCGGCCCACCGCCUGCGGCCCCGCAUGAUAUUCAUCAGCAAGGUGACCUGCGUCAUCAUCUGGCUCCUGGCCUUCAUCCUCUCCAUCCCCGAGCUGGUUCACAGCGGUGUGAACAGCUCGGGGGCCAGCCCCCGUUGUUCCAUCAUCGCUCACGACCUGCAGACCUUCAACACCGGCAUCAAAGUGUCGCAAAUGGUGUUCGGCUUCUUGAUCCCCCUCCUGGUCAUGUCCUUCUGCUACCUCGUCAUCAUCAGAACGCUACUCCAGGCCCGCAACUUCGAGAAGAACAAAGCCAUCAAGGUCAUCAUCGCCGUGGUCAUCGUCUUCGUCGUCUUCCAGCUGCCCUACAACGGUGUCAUGCUGGCCAAGACCAUCUCGGCCUUCAACCAGACCAGCUCGUGCGAGGAGAGCAAGAAGCUGGACGUGGCGGACGACGUGACCUAUACCCUGGCGUGCUUCCGAUGCUGCCUCAACCCCUUCCUCUACGCCUUCAUCGGCGUCAAAUUCCGCACCGACCUCUUCAAGCUGCUGAAGGAGCUGGGCUGCCUGAGCCAGGAGCGCCUCUGGCAGCUCACCAGCUGCCGCGAUAGCAAGAGAAUCUCCUUCGCCAUGGAGACUGACACAACCACCACCUUCUCGCCGUGAGCCGAGCCCCAGGCACGCCUGGGCCGAGCUGGAACGGUUCUGAACACUCCUGAACUCCCGGCAGAGCAGAGCCUGCCAAACUGCAGGGGAAGGCAAGAGGAGAACCCAGGAGCUUCCCCCCUGGGGAGAGACUCCAAUAGAUUUGUCACUAACAGAAAAGCGAGGGAGAGGUGGUGAGUGUGCAGUUUGUCCUGCCACAUCACCUUUAGUUCAGCCUUUCCCAGCCAAAAUCAGAAAUGCCCAAAAUAGAACAUUUCCCCCUAAAAGCAGUAAAUACCCAGAGAAACAGACACUGGCGCAGCAGAAAGGUUUGGUUUAGAGCUGAGCUUCCAGGAGCAUCACCCUUGCUUUGGAUGUUACUUUUAACAAGACAACCUGUUGCUCUGCAGUCCUACAGAAAUGCCCCUUGCACUGAGUCAGUCCAAGACAAACCAGCACCCACAGCCUUGGGCUCACGCUCAAUCCAACACAAC